AAAUAAAAAAAAAAAAAAAAAAGGCUCUAACCAAAACUCUAAUUUUAAACAAUUUACAACCAACCCAUCAACCAGUGAUUCAUUCAAUCACAUCUAUUCCUUUGCCACUUUUAUCCACCUUUCAAUCAUAUCUGGAUCAUCAAUCAUAUUUGCAUUCAUAUAUCCAUUUAAUCUACAUCAAUUCAUCCUAUCAAUUACCAUCUACAAUCUCAAGUAGAUCUUUGUCAUACGGAAAUUAAUGCAUUCAUCAAGGUGACGACGACGACAUCCACAACAACAAUCACAACAAUCACUCUAAUUUCUUAAUCAAUUCAUUUGUUGUCGAUUUCUAUCCCUUUAUAUUAUGUCAGAUCAAAUCACCACUUCAUCACCUACCCUAGCCAAACCAAUCCCAGGUUCAAAUGGUAGCAAUAAUUCAAAUCCUGAUAAUGGAUCUAAUCUAAGUUCAAGUUUAGAUUAUAUCACUGGAGUUUCAAAUGGUGAUGUCGAUUGGUUAUUUAGAGGUAAAUCAAAGAAAUUAACUAAAAAGAUGAAUAAUAAUCCCAGUAUUGAUACUAAUUCAACUAUAAAUACAACUAAUAGUACUAAUAAUUCAAAUAAUGUUGCCACUAAUAAUGAUUCAACCACUGUACCGAAUAAAUCAUCUAAUCCAUCAUCUCCCAAACUGAAUCGUGUUUCAUCUCAAAUGUUAAAAUCUUCCACUAUACCCUCUCCCAAUACAUCCACCACUAAUAAUUUAACUACGGCAAUGAAUACAUCUCAUUCUCAUCCUCCUAUCACUCCAUCUAUUCAAAUACCUCCUCCAUCUGUAAAUAAAUCAAUACCCACUACUUCAACUAGUGGUGGAACACCACCAACCACUUCAAAAUUUAAACUUGGAAGAUCAAGAUCAAGUUCAGCUUCAGUGGCUCAACCUCAAAUUCAAAAAAUUCAACAACAACAACAACAACAAGAAGAACCAAAACGAAGAGGAAGUUUAAAUAUUCUUAGUAAUUCAUUAACUAAUUCUGAUUUGGCUGUUAAUAAUGCUAAUGAUAUACCCAUAAUUUCAUCAUCCCCUCCUUCUGCCACUGUAUCGAGAAAUAAUUCAUCUCAAAAACGAUCCCUUUUCAGUUCAUUCUCAUCUAAAUUUAAAUCUUCAUCAUCAUCAUCUCCUGCUUCUCCUGCUAUAAGUGGGAAUCCAUCUUUAGUUGAUUCAAGUGCAAAUUCAAGUGCAACCAGUAGUGCUAAUAUAUCACCGGUGGUAUCAUCUCAAGUUCCAACUCCAUCAGCAUCAAAAUUAUCUUCAUCCCCUUUAACUUCAUCAAUUAUACCCCCUAUAAAUAAUGAAACUAUUAUUAAUAAACCUCCUGCGGGGACAGGGAUUAUCCCUACUCCAAAACAACGGAAAUCAUCCUUCAGUUCGAUUCUUUCUUCUUCACCCGGUGAUACAUCUGCUAUAUCCACCGUGAAUGGGAAUGGGAAUAUCAUUGGUGGUCAACUCCCCACUACAGUUGGAAUUAGUGCCGGAAGUGAUAGUUCUACUUCUACUUCUACAGCAGGUAAAUUCUUUGGAAGAAGAAGAUCAUCCGUAGCUCUACCUGCAUUAGAUAAAAAAUCAAUCACCUCAACUACAACUCCAUCAAGAGUUAUUUUAAAUAAAAAUCCUAAUCGGGAAGAAAUCCCUUUGAAGGAAUUAAAUGGAAUUAAAUUAAGAAGAGUUACAUUUGCCUUGGAUAAAUUGAUUUAUGAUCCUCAACAACAAAUCCCUUCCAGACGUCCUAAAAAGGGAAAUGUCAUUAUUCCCCAAGAUAUCAUGGCUCCACCUCCAAGAUUAUCCCAGGGGAUAUCAUUGAAUGAUGGUAAUAAUGCUGCUGCUGCUGCUGCUGCUGCUGGAAAUAUCACUACGACUUCGGCUAAUGCUACUUCUCAAUAUACUGAAAAGGAAAUCAGUCUAGCUAUUGAAGCACAAAGAAGAGCUUUACAUGAAGCUGAAAAACAUGCUCAGGAAGCUCAUUUAACCGCUAAGAGAUUAGCAACUGAAGUUUUAACUUAUAAAGGAGGAGGAGGGGGAAAUAAAUUUAAUUUAAGUCAAUCUCAAAUCAAAGAACAAAAUGAUAAUGAAGAAGUAGAUGGAGAAGGUGACGACGAUGACGAAGAAGAAUCUAAUGAAGUUGUUGAUGCUAGUUUUGAAAAAUUCGAAAUUGAUAAACCUUUACAUGUUCAUGAAAAUCAUUUUGAAGAUGAAGAACAACAAGUUUCUGUUGAUGAUUUAUCGUUGGAAACUAUAUAUACUAGAUGUUGUCAUUUAAGAGAAAUCUUGCCUAUCCCAGCUACUUUAAAACAAUUAAAGGGGAAAUCUAAACCAUUACAAGUUUUAAAAUUACUUAAUCCAAAACCUACAUUAAUUGAUGUAUUAUCAUUCAGUGAUUUCAUUGCUAUAACUCCUAUCAAUACAGUUAUUUUCGAUAAUGUAACUAUGACGACCGAAAUGUUAAAACACUUUUUAUCAUCCUUAGUUUAUAAUAAAUCAUUAGAGAAAUUAUCAUUACGAAAUGUGGCGAUUGAUGAAAUUGGAUGGAAAUAUUUAUGUAAAUUUUUAUCCCGAAAUUCCACCAUUAAGAAAUUAGAUAUAUCUCAACAACGAAUUAAAAGUGAUACCAAAUCGAAUUUAAUUCGAGCCAAUAUGAAUUGGGAUUUAUUCAUUCAAUCAUUGAUUUUAAGAAAUGGUAUUGAAGAAUUAGUUAUUAAUGGGUGUAAAUUAUCCGAUGAUACUUUCAAACAUUUAAUUGAAAAUGCAGUUAAGAUCUCCACUCAUAGAUUAGGUAUAGCAUCGAUGGAAUUGAAUUUAUUUAAAUCUCAAAUCGUGGCGAAUUGGAUCACUGAAAAGGAUUCAAAAUGUGUCGGAGUUGAUAUUGCAUUUAAUGAUUUAAGUCAAGGUCAAUUACAACCAUUUAUUCAUGCGUUUAAUAAACUUGCUAAUUCAACUUAUUCAAAAUUAUUAUUUUUUUCAUUACAUUCAACUCAUUUAACUAAUAUCGAUGAAACUGCUGAAUUAAUUAAAUCAUUGGUUAAUGUUAAAAGCUUACGAUUCUUAGAUUUAAGUUCAUUACCUGAUUUAUUUCCUGGUAUCAUAUCAAAAUUAAAUAAGAUUUUCCCUCAAUUUGAAGAUCUUCGAAGAGUUCAUUUUGAUUUAAAUGAUUUAACUCCACAUGCUAUUGGUGCUAUUGCGGAAAUCAUUCCUAAAAUGAAAUCUAUUUUCCAUCUUUCAUUAUUAGGUAAUCGAGCUUUAAAUCAUUCGGCUGCUGCUACAUUAUAUGCGGCUGUGAAAGCAUCAUCCACAAUUUUCAAUCUUGAUUUAGAUUAUGAUUUGAUUGAUGAUGAUUUAUCCCAACGAAUUGCAUUUUAUUUAAUGAGAAAUAUGGAUAGAGUUUUGAAACCAGAAUUUAAUAAAGAUAAUAAGAAUAAUCAAGAUGAUCAAGAAGAAGAUUUAAUCUUUGAUGGAACUUUAUUAAUGCAAACUGCCGAAAAAUUAUUAAAGGAAAGUGAUGAUAAUAAAAAGGAAGAUGCUAAGAUUCAAAGAAUUGUUACUAAUGCAUUUAUAGAAAGAACGAGAGCGGCAAGAAAAGAUAUUCAUAAAAUUAUUGAUACUUUAUUUGAAAAGAGAAAUCAAGGUACUUUAUCAUUUGAAGGUAAAGAAAGUUUAUUAAGAUUUUGUUUAUUGGAUUCAUCAUUAGAAAAAUUGGUUCAUAUGUUUGAAGAAAGAUCAAAAUAUAGUAAUAAUUAUCAUGAAGGUUUAACUCCAUCUCCAUCAGCAGAACAAAUUGGAUUCAAUUUACCGGUUGAAGCAGCUGAUAAGAAACCUCAAACUGAAGAAAAAGCUUCUACUACCAAAGAAAAGGAAUCAACUUUGAUUAAUCCUAAUAGUAGAAAAUCACCAUCUAUUUUACCACCCACUGCCAUUAAAUUAUCUCCUCAUGAUACAUUACAUCAAAGUUCUACAGAAUUAAUUACAGCAGGACCUAUUUUAACUCCACGUCAUUCUGAUGCAUUUGAUCAAUUCUUAGGAUUGGAACAAACUUUCCAACCUCAUCAAGUUGUGAUUGAUUCAUCUUCCGAUGGUAAGAGUGUUCCAAUUGAUAAUUUCACUGGUAGACCAAUUUUAAUGAGAUCAAUUAGUCAAACUUCAACUCAUGCUAAGGAACAAGAACAAGAAGAAGGAGAAUUCCAUAGAUUUGGUUUCUUUAUGCAACAACAUGAUGAUGAUGAAGAAGUUGGUAAUAAUGUUAAUAAACAACAACCUAAAACGGAAAUUCCAACUCUUAAUGUUUUACCAUCAGGUCCAGAGUUAAGAGAUGCUAUUAUAAAAGCCAAAGGUAUUGAAAGUGUUAAUGAAUUAAUCAAUAAAAUUAAUAAUAAUUAUGUUAGUAUUGAUAAUAUUUAUAAAUUACCCAUUGAUAAAACUACUGUGAAUCAAAUUAUUCAAGAUCACAAAAAUAGAGAUACAAAACUUCCCAUUGAAAAGAAACUUGUUGAAGUUCAAAAGGAAGGAAUUCAUGAUGAUGAUAAUGUAUCCAUCGAUUCAUUUGAAGUCGAUGAUGGGGAUGAAGAAGAUGGUGUAAAUGGAGGUCAACAGGUUAAUGCCGUUGUUAAUGAGGUUUAUGAUAAAUUAUUAAAUGAUGCCCAAAGGGUAAGGCUGAAUAAACAGGACUAAUAGGGAAACAAAUAAACAUAUAAAACAAAUACAUAUUUAUAUAUAUAUAUAUAGCACAUUUAUGUUGGCUUUAAUGCUUUCAUAUUAAUAAUAUAUAACGAAAUUAG